GAAAAUUUAUGUCGGUUGUGGGUCGAUGCGCGCCUGUGCGAGGUAGUUCAAUGAUAUGUAUUUCGUUUGUAUUAUCGGUUAAAGUGUCGCGACUUGAUACUGCGUGACUGUGUGACGACGCAAAGGAGUUUGCGGAAGAAUUUCGUUAUUCUUACUUUCCUCCUCACAGAUGUUCCCGCUUUUGAAGUGGAUAGAAUAAUAGUGUGUGCAAGUUGAUAAGGCCAUGCUGCUAUAGCAUCGGUUUGUUCUUCGGCUCGUUUGACACACGUGGAUCCUGCGGACUGCAGCGAGGUCCAGGAUGUGCGGCGGACCUCCAACACCCGGGAUUACGUGCGCAGAGUGAGGAUGCGUGUGUUCAGGGUGUGGGCUUAGCAGCAGUAUGGCAGCGCCAGCGCAGGGCCUACUGAAUUGUGAACAAAAAACGGCAGACGGUACGGAUCUGCAGUCCUCUGCGGCUAGUGGGGGAUUAAAAAAUGGUGCUUCGGGAGAAGAUCUCAGUGCGGACGAAAUGCCCGUGAAUGUGAUGGUGAACAACCGUGUCAAAUCGCCGAGUAGCGUGAGCGGUCACAUAGGCCGAGAACUGACAAUGGAUAACUUCCAAGAUGGAGGUACCCACCAGCUGAACGCUAGGCCUAGCGCCGGCGAUCAGGCUUCUUUUUCGGAUCGCCAGCGACUCAAUUCUGAUUUUCGAAAUUAUAGCCAAAAUAUGCGGGAAUCCGCCAUGGUGAGUGAAGAGUUUCGGAACUCUCCCGAUAGCAUGAAUCAUGUUCCCGUUGGCAAUUACGGUGCUGGGUACGGAGAGCGGGGAGGCUACAUGGCAAGCCAACAUGGCGGCCAAAAUUUACCUGGUAACGCAAGUGAAUCUCCGCAGAAUAAGCUCUAUCAGCACUAUAACCAGCAGCACAUGAGGCCAGGGUACCCUCCGGGUGCGAGGGGUCCAAUAGGACCCAUGGGAAGUCCCCAGCGGCCCGGCUCGGCGGGUAUGAUGAGCUGCUACCCGGCAAACGGCAGCAGCGCUGCGGCCUCGGCACAGCAACGCUUUCUGUCCGGACCGAGUAUAAACCAACAGGGAGGCCCAACACCAACGCUCAAUCAGUUGCUACAGUCACCGAACCCACUACAUCGUUACCAAAACAGCUACGCGGAUUACAACUCCAGUCCUGGCAUGCACAAAGGCAUGACAGGUGGGGAUGUGAGUCAAGCAGCACAGUAUCCGUCGUCUGUGAAUUCGCCCCAUUCCUGGGGCGGUGCAGUGCGUGCAUCAUCUCCAUAUCCUCAACAAAUAUCUGCACCUAUGUACAGGCCACCGGUGGGUGGUGGCAUACACGAAAGUUCAGGAGGGGCGGGUCCAGCGAAGCGGCCCUACAUGUCUGGGGGCCCUCCCGCAUCGCCACAGUACUCUUCUCAGUAUCCACAGCAGAGGCCGUAUCCCGGGGCCUCCCAGCAACAGGUCCCAAGACCCCCCUCAAUGCCCCAAGGCUCCUAUGGGCAGGCUUCACAGAUGGGCGGCGCAUAUCAACCGUCCUCCGGCGUGCCGCAACAGCAUCCUGCAGCAUCCCCCAGCCCAGUGUCGUGUCCCCCCGCAGCAUCCCCACAGCCGUCUCCACAACCCCAGGUGACGCCGCCUCCCUCCAGUGCAGGCCCAGCCUCACCUCAGGGUCCACCGUCGAGUCAAGGCACCCAAAAUUCGCAUCCACCAUCGGGGUUCUACCCGCCCAGUCAAAGCAGUGUCCAAACAGGAGGAGGUGGAGGUUCAUCUUCAUCUGCGGGUUCAACGUCUCAGCAAAAGCAUUCGUCGCAGCAGUCUGAUGUAAACGUUCAAGAGGAGGAAGGGAGUGCGGGGGGUGGAGGGGGUCGCAGUUCGACACCCGUGCCCCUGAGGGGUGCGGCAGGAACGCCACCCUCCACACCCCAUCCAGGGGUGUCCCCCCUGAGGCCCAUUCCCUCACCGUCCGGAUCUUCUUCAGGUGGAGGAAGUGGGUCGAGGUCCAUGUCGCCAGCUAUCGGUGCACAGUCGAACAUUCCCAUGCCACCGAGGCCGUCAUCCAGCCAAUCGGAUGGCAGUGCCCCAAAUCACCUUACUCAGCCACAACUGCCUCAACAAGGAGGGUACAACCAACAAGUGCAAGCUUCUGCGAUGUACGGUUCCAAGAUGCACCAAGGGAUCAUGCCCUCCUACCCUGGACCUCAUUAUCCUCAAGGCAACUACCCACGCCAACAACAGCAGCCAGGAGGUGGUAGCCUAGGCAUGGGAAGCUACAUGGCAGGAGGACCCCAGGCUGGCCCUGGAGGGUACCUUGGAAGACCCGGGCCUCAGGGGGGCCCAGCCGGGUAUCCCGGAGGGCCCCCCUACGCCAACGCGCAUUAUGGGGCACCCGCUGGGUACGCCGCCAAUCACGGAGCCAACAGCAUGAUGCCACCUCCCAGUCAGUACCCAAAGGGAACAGCUGGUCAGCAGGUUGGAGGCCCGAUGGGUCCAGGUGGUGGGCCUCCUCGCCCCAUGUACCUCAGGCAGCACCUGCAGCAAAAGAUGUAUGGUUAUGCCAGCCCCAUGACUCCUCCUGGUGGCGAUGGGAGGGCGUCAUCUCCAUCUGAAGGGGGUCCUACCCCAAACUCUGUCUCCUCUGGGGCAGGAUAUGCUCAAUGUUCCACAGCCAUGAGCACACCAUCACUGCUAACACAAAGCGUGAACAGCCCGGUGUCCACCCCUUCUUCCCUAUCUGGAGACGGAGGUGGUAGUCGACUGGGUCCACCUCCCGUGCUUGACGAGGGCAGUCAGGCAUCUAAUGCUUCGGCUUCCUCCUCGCUACCUGAAGAGCAUGGUGGGGGGGUACCUGGUGGGGGCGACCCCAUGGCAAAGGCCAACAGCAAGCAACCUCCAGUGUCCUCCCACCCACCCACCCCCAACACACUCCCUUCCCCUGGUGGAGCAUCCAUGUCCUCGUUUCACGACGAGUUCGACAGCGUCUCUAGCCCCAGCUGGCCACGUACGCCUGCGAGUCCUGUUGUGAACAGCCAGGUUUAUGAGCAUCAUAUGAUUAAGAGACCCGAUGGCCUCCUGAAACUGUACGAUAUGUCCGACGACCCUGAGCGGCGGGCAUUCCUGGACAAGUUAAUAAUGUAUAACGAUGAGCGUGGAACUCCUAUCACCCAGUGCCCAACGAUCAGCAAACAGCCGCUGGACCUGUUUCGCCUCUACCUCAUAGUCAAGGACAGAGGUGGUUUCGUGGAAGUAACGAAGGCGAAGCAGUGGAAGGAUGUGGCUGGUGUGCUGGGCAUCGGGGCCUCCUCUAGUGCUGCGUACACUCUGCGCAAACAAUACAUCAAGCACCUGCUGCCCUUUGAGUGCAAGUUUGACCGGGGCGGAAUUGACCCGCAGCCCAUCAUCAGCCAGCUCGAGUCGGCCUCCCGAAAGAAGGCCAAGGCCACCAUGGCUGCCUCUGCGGCGGGCCAGGAUUAUGGGCCUCCAAGUCAGCCCAUGGACAACUAUGGGGGAGGCUAUCCGGGAGGGGGCUACCCACACCAUGGUGGUCCUGGAGCCCCACCACAUCCUGCCAUGAUGGGGGGUCCUCCUGAGUACCCAUGUCCCCCAGGCUAUCCACCUCCUCAUGCCAAUCAUGUCGGGGCCAGUGGGGGAGACUCAUCUGCAGACGGCUACCCAACGGACGAGGGACCCUACCCUGACCAAUAUCCCCAGUACCCACAGGGUCCUCCUGUUGCACCACCCUACUCUGCAAGCCAAUCAAGUAUGAGUGGGGGCUCGUGUGGGUAUCCCACUGGAGGCGACCAGUAUCCAGGAGAUGGACAGUACUCUCAAGCACCCCAUGGAGGUCCCCCGGAUCCCUAUGGGGGCUCUGGAGGACCCCAACCUCCAGCAGGAUACCCUCCAAGAAGCAUGGGACAGGGUGGCCACCAGUACGGCCAGUAUCAGGGACCCUACGAUCGGGAGAGGUAUGAGCAACAGCAGCAACAGCAAACGGUGUGUGGCCAACCGCCAAGCAGGCCUCCUCAGGGGGAUGCUUUUCCCUAUGGGGGAAGCCCUGGUGGCAGUGCAGGUACCCCGCCCGGAGCAGCAGGAACAGCAGCAGCAGUGGCCAGUGGAGCCAGCAGCUACCAGAGCAGGCCCUACCCCCCACAGGGGCCCUCAUACCCACCACAAGGGGGUCCACAGGGGGUACAGCAACCACAGCAGGGACAGCCCCAGGAGCCCUACCAGAGGCCUCCACCCAGUGAACCUUCUGGCUACCAGAUGAGCUGUGGCCAGCCCUCCCCCCUUGCCCAGCGAUUGCUCCCGAAGGCGGGCACACCCCCUCAAGUAUACGGUGGGGCCCAGAGUGGUACUUUGUAUGGAGGUGGUGCACAGGGUCCUCCCCCAGGGGGUAAGGUUCCCCCAGGGGGAGCAGCUCCAUACCAAAGGGACAUGUAUCCCAAACGACACCCGGACUUCAUGAAGCCUCCCCAAGAACCUCCCUACUCACAUAUGGGGACUUAUCCACCGCAGCAGCAACCUCAGCAGUACCCCACUGAUCGGAGCCAAUAUCCCUACCGACCACCUCAUAUGAUGACACCACCGGCAUCUUCCAUGCAGCAGCAAGGAUGGGGUCGAGAAGGCCAGUAUCGUGGCUACCAAGGGGCUCCUCCCCAGGUGGGUCCAGGAGGUCCUUAUGGGGCCUCUCACCCUGGAGGCCCGGAUCGUUGGGACGGACCCAGGAUGGGGGAAGGACCAGCACCCAGCGGAGGCUGGGCGAUGUCUAGAGGACCUCAGGGCGAGGCGGGUAGCUAUGGGGGCCCUAUGGCAUCUCAGCAUGCCAUGCCCUCCCACAAGGGUCCGCCUUACCCUAGGGACGCCAGGGGGUUUGCCCCACCUGGAAAGAUGCCCCUGGGAGGCCAGUACGGAAGCGCAGCAGUGCGAAAGGAGGUUGUGUUCCCGCCUGACAGUGUGGAGGCAGUGUUGCCGGUAUCUACCAAACGCCGCCGUCUGACCUCCAAAGAUGUGAGCCCUUUGGAGGCGUGGCGCUUGUUGAUGGCUCUUAAAUCAGGUCUUUUGGCUGAGAGCAGCUGGGCCCUGGAUGUGUUAGCGGUACUGCUCUUUGACGACUCCACAGUGCUCUACUUCGGCCUUUCCCAUCUGCCGGGAUUGCUCGAAACACUCAUCGAGCACUUUCGCCGGUUGCUUGCCCUAGUCUUCAACAUCGCAGAUGACCUGGAGCUGGGUUACGAGUCAAAACCACCUGUGGUAAGCGCUAGGCAACCGGAGCGGCUGUGGUACCUACUGGACCGGGACACCCCGCUGUGCGAUCCCCUCGAAGAGUUACUGAAACCAGUGUCCCUGGACUGUGAUGACCGCACGGUACUCUUGUCGGGAUCCAACUUCACAAACAAGACACGCUGUGGCAAGGCAGUGAGGACGCGGCAGGAUGCGGCUUCACUGCACGUUGCUGACCCUGACAAGCAGUGGGAUGUCUACGAAGGUUUCAGUGCCACGGUGGAGCACUGGCAGCUUGGUGGGGGCGAGAUCACCAGUCACGUCCAGACCUGCUUUGAGAGUGAUGAGACAAAUGUGAGAUUUGUGCGCAUAAUGGAGGGGGUUAAGAAGGAGGACACAGAGGAACAGAGCAAGUGCAGUGAGGAUGCCAAGUUGGAGGAACUGUUACAGGAGUGUAAGGGAUUCAAGGUGAACUGUAGGAAAGAGAUCGUUCUGUCUGCAGAGCAACUUGCAGAAAAGGUCAAGGUGGAGAAAGAAACAGAUGAGUGUAAAGACAAUAAGAAAGAAAUGGAUGAAUGUAAAGCAGAAGAGGAGGAGGAGAAUAAGGAGAGCGAGGAUAGCAAAGAAGAAGAAGAGGGGUUUCCUCGGGUAAGGACAGGAGCACGAAAAAGAAGGGGUCCCAGUGAAGAAGAGGAAGAGUCAUACGCGAGAGAUGAACCCUCUCUGUGUGUGGUGUCUGAGGCACAAGAUGCUCUGGGCCGACGCUGUGUGUGCAUUUCAACUAUCUUGCGUAACUUGUCAUUCGUACCGGGUAACGAUGCAGAGAUGUCUAAGCAUUCGGGACUUCUGGUGCUUUUGGGGAGAUUGCUACUUUUGCGGCACGCGCACGGUCCUCGGCGGCGGCCGCCACCACACUACGAAGCUGCGGAAGAGGCCACGGCAGGAGAAGAACAGUGCAGCUCUCUGGUGGCUCACCGAGAGUGGUGGUGGGAUAGCUUACAGAGCCUCCGUGAGAACACUCUGGUAUGUUUGGCUAAUGUUGCGGGUCAGCUGGAUCUGGCUCCUUACCCUGAAGAGGUGAGCUUACCAAUUCUGGAUGGGCUCCUCCACUGGGCCGUCUGUCCUUCGGCAGCAGCUAGAGAUCCUCUGCCACAGUCGUCGCUCAGUCCACAGCGUCUCGCUCUAGAAGCCCUGUGUAAGCUAUCCGUACAAGAAGCCAACGUGGACCUCCUGCUAGCCACACCACCUUGGAACCGCACAGAGCGCCUGCUGGGUCAGUUGGCACGGUGGCUUGCCCGUGGGCAGGACCAAGUGCUUCGAGAGUUUGCAGUGGUGCUGCUGUCUAAUUUGGCCCCUUCGGGUAGUGGGGCAGCUCGGGCAGUGGCCAUGCAGAACCAAUGCCCUGCACACCUGUUAGCCUUUGUAGAACAGGCAGAGCAGAGCGCCUUACAGGUUGCUAAUAGCCAGGGGGUAGCUGCGCUAAGGGAAAACCCCGAACUCAUGGGCACCACCCUGGACAUGGUGCGGAGAGCAGCGGCGACCCUGCGCUGUCUAGCCAGGGUUCCGGACAACCGGUCUCUCUUUGCACCCCUGCAGUCGCGCUUGCUGGCUCUGGUUAUGUCGCAGAUCUUGGAUCAAGGUGUGGCGGCAUUGCUAGCAGACGUCCUCUACGAGUGCUCUCAGCCAGUGCGGGAUCCUAUCCACAUUAGUGAGGGCUCGUAGCACAUACCCUGCACCUCUCACUCCCCACCCCUAAUUUAUUGUACCUCGUUUCCGGGAUCUCAGGCCCGCUCCCGGACGGCAACACUGUAGAUAGCUAGAGGACUCUUUUUAUUUCCAUUAUUUUUUUUUUUUGAGGACACAGACAUCUUGCAGCAGGGGUGAGUGUUUCUUUGUGGUGAUAAUGUUUGUACAGUGCUGCUUGUUUCUCUCUCUUCUUUUUUUUUUCCCCCCAUCUCUUUGCUUGUCCACUCUCCUUUGGAAAAGUGAGGCAAGGACAACCUGUGCGUGAACUGAGUGUGUGUGAGUGUAUGCAUUUCCUUUCCCUCCUUGGUCGGGACGGAGGCAUGGACAAACAGAAUUCAUCUCUGAUCUGAUUUUUGUGUGUAGGGUUUGCAAGUGCAACAUUAUCUCUCGUCAUCAUGAUUCUUUGAUAUCAGUAUGUGCGCGUGCUCGAGCUUUAUACCAUGUAUAUGUCCAACAUUCGAUGAGCUGCAAAUAAAUGUACAGAACAGUUUC